AUGUCCAACCGAUUCUCCGUCUAUUCCAGCACUUCUGCUGGUUUUCCUACUGGUUCUCCACGUCCACGGCAAAACAUGCAAGUCUCAACGACGACUUUGCUUAAUGCUCUACACUCGUCCUACAACUCGGGACAAUCAUACCAAUUGGACGCAGGAACCAGCGUGGUCGUGAAUACAUGGGUCAACGCCAACCAAACCGCAACAAUCGAUCAGGAACUGGCAUUGAGGGCCUGGGAACAUGCAAAAAGAAGAGCUGAGGAUGGUUGUAUUGUUCUAUGCUCAAUCCAUCAGUCGACACCAUCCGUGUUAGAACCUUUCCUGUUAACGCUGCCAAUUGCCACCCCCGGGGCUGCCUUCACAACACUGGCAGCUCUUCGUCCGUUCUUGUCUGCAGUGACUUCCUUUAAUCCUUCAUACUCCCUCUAUUCGGCUCUCGCUGCCUGCUAUACACUGAGUUUGCGAGGGGAUGUGGUUGGCUUCUCCUGGGCACUGUCCACUUCUGGCAUUAACAUCCGCAAAGGCCUGCUGGACAUCUCAGCAGAAACCGGCUACCGUGCAUUCGAUGUAUUUUACUACCUUUUGACCUCAGCAUCGACGCCAGCCGAACGGGAGUUCUUGGAUCUUAAAGAAUCCUCUGCCUACGCAUUGCUCAACAAGUCCGGGACCUACACCCCGCCCUCAUAUCUGCCGACUGCGGAUGAUGAUGCCGCAGCGGAAGACUUCAGGGCUGCCCUCAAAGCUAUUGGCAUCAAAGGUGCCUCGCAACGAGGCCUCCUCUCCGUUCUCGCAGGCCUACUGAAACUGGGUAAUGCCGCUGGCUUCUUGGUCGACCAGGAAGACCUUGAAGAAACCUGUGAGGAUGUUGGUGGCCUAUUGGGUCUGGACCCAGAAGUCCUCCUCCACAAGUGUGCCACCGAUGAGCGGGAGGUCCUGAUCGCAGGUAUCUACGAGGCAUUGGUUGAUUGGGUGCUUCGCAAAGCAAAUGAGACCAUUGCGGGUGAAGUCCAAACAACCUUGGAGGGUCAUUCGAAUUAUAGUGGCCAAUGGUCUGAAGAGGAUACCGUGAGCAUUACCGUUGUGGACAUGCCCAGACCGGCUCUAGGAAAGGCCGUGGCAAUGAGAGGCGUCUUUGAUGAUACUUUGGGUAUCAACGCUGAAAUGAAAGAAGAUGGAGUCCCAAUUCCCCCUGUCGGGCACGCUGUAACCAACGAUAUGAACAAUGCAGUCGUACAGGUCGAAGCUGACCUCGGAAUAACUACCGGCGCCGCCUGGAGUGAACGGGAACAUGAGCUCAACAGAAAGCAAACCGUACUUGAGAAGGUAAUCGAUGACUUUGAACCGGACGCUUUUCUUCGACAAGUCCUUCUUCCAGUCGAAAACGAGGGUAUCUCAGUUGCUAAAAGGGGCCGAUUCGAUCUUCCUACGAUUAUAGGUAGCAGUCGAGUUUGGUAUCAUAUCUCUCUUCACCCCACCGAUGACUCCCCUAGUGUACUGAAUCCAUUGAUGCCGGCGGCGGCCUGGUCUGCAAGCGCUAUUUCCCGUCAGCUACGUGACUGGAAGCUUCCAGAGUGGGCUAAUCGUCGCCUUAAGGAACACGACUUCACGGCAGAUUUUGAUAUGGAGGAGUUUGUUAGCCGGUAUGCCCGGUUGGGAUGCCUGGAUGGUCGAGACGGCAUUGAAAACUGGAUCCUAGAACGGGGCUGGAGUAACGGCGAUGCCUUUGUUGGAUACCAGCGAAUUUGGAUGAGAGAAGGCGCCUGGUGGGAAGCUGAAACGAUGCUUGACCUUAAGCCAGAUGAAUCGCCUGCAUCUGAUCCUUUCGCUUACGGAACUGGCAUGUUUGACAAUCCAUUCGCUUCCAACUUGAACGUGGCAAACCACAUGGCGGAAUCCACGAGCCUUUUGGGUAGCCGUGACGAUCUUCUACACCAACAGGGACACAGUACCCUGGCACCUCCCAGUGUUAUGGGAGGUGCAAAAUCGAUCGCCCCGAGUGUGCCUCAUACUAUGAAUACGGGUGGUGAUUACGGUUUGGGCACCAAGGGCGACGACCGGAAGUGGGAGCCAUACGACGCAGACUAUGGCCAUUACACCGGCGAGCUCGACCCCGAAUAUGGUGACCCCAAGCACAUUGAAAAGAAGGACAUCCCCUUUACACGACGUAUGUGGACGGCGUUCGUCUGGGCAUUGACUUUCUGGAUCCCAUCCUUCGUGCUGCGACACGUGGGCCGCAUGAAGCGCCCCGAUGUGCGAAUGGCCUGGCGGGAAAAGGUGGUUCUCGUGUUUCUCAUCCUUCUCUUCAAUGGGCUUGUCUGUUUCUAUAUCAUUGCUUUUGGAGACCUGCUUUGUCCCAACAAAGACAAGGUGUGGAAUGAGAAGCAGGUCAGCUGGCACGAAGGCGACGACGACUUCUUCGUCAGUAUUCACGGCAAGGUUUACGACAUCAGCGACUUUUGGCAGAUCCAACACAGUGACACGGCAACUGAAACGACUUCCUCCAGCAUGAAGCCGUUCGCAGGACAGGGCUUGGACGCGUACUUCCCCCCUCCCCUCACCCAAGUCUGCUCUGACUUUGUCGAUGAUGAAUCGAUAACACUUCAAAACAACGAUACGAGUGCUGUGUUGUAUCCCCAGGCGAAGCACGAUUGCGGUCCCCAAAACCAACCCGACAAGAGCACCAAGCUAAACAAAAUCACAUGGUACCAGGAUGUUUUCUUGCCAAAGAUUAAAGAUUACUACAAAGGCGAUCUGGUUUGGAAACGAUCUGAGGUGUCAAAGCAGGCUAAAUCAAGCUCGCGGUCCUGGGUCAUCGUGAACAAGAAUAUUUACGAUUUAACGGACUAUUUCUACACGCUGAAGAUGAUGAACAACAUCGAUACGUAUGAUUUCUUGCCCACCACAGUCACGGACCUUUUUAAGAACUAUCCGGGUACCGAUGUCACGGAUAAAUGGCAGGAUACGGAGCAGUUCCAAAAAGCACAAUCGUGUCUUGACAACGUGUUCUACAAAGGAAAGGUAGAUUUCCGAGAUUCUCCUCGGUGUACCGUAAACAACUGGAUUCUCUUGUCAUUCACCGUUCUUAUUUGUGUGGUUAUCCUGGUCAAGUUCCUUUCUGCUCUCCAGUUUGGCUCCAAGCGUCGGCCUGCGCCGCAGGACAAAUUCGUCAUUUGCCUUGUUCCAGCGUAUACCGAAGGCGAAGAUUCGCUGCGCCAAGGUCUUGAUUCACUGACUGCUCUGGAGUAUGACAACAAGAGAAAGCUCAUUUUCGUCAUCUGCGAUGGUAUGAUCGUCGGUGGGGGCAAUGACCGGCCAACACCCAAGAUCGUCCUUGAUGUUCUGGGAGUUGACCCCAAGAUCGAUCCCCCUGCGUUGCCAUUGAAGUCUAUUGGCCAGGGAAGUGAGCAGCUCAACUACGGCAAGGUGUACUCAGGCCUUUACGAAUAUGAAGGUAACGUGGUGCCCUACAUCGUUGUCGUGAAAGUCGGCAAAGAAUCAGAGCAAAACAAAUCUAAGCCCGGAAACCGGGGUAAGCGAGACUCGCAGAUUCUUCUGCUCAACUUCCUCAACCGCGUGCAUUACCGUGCACCGAUGUCACCGCUGGAGCUGGAGAUCUUCCACCAGAUCAACAACAUCAUCGGUGUUGACCCUGAGCUGUACGAAUACUGUCUGAUGGUCGAUGCGGAUACCAGUGUCAAGGAAGACGCACUCAAUCGUCUAGUCGCCGCGUGUGCCAACGAUGCCAGGAUUGCUGGUAUAUGUGGUGAGACCAGUCUUCAAAACCAAGAACAGAGUUGGUGGACGAUGAUUCAGGUUUAUGAGUAUUAUAUAUCACAUCAUUUGGCCAAGGCAUUUGAAUCACUUUUCGGGAGCAUUACUUGUCUUCCUGGAUGUUUCUGCAUGUAUCGUUUGCGGACUGCGGACAAGGGACGUCCACUCAUCAUAUCCGAUCAGCUGGUUCAAGAAUAUGCGGACAAUGAUAUUGAUACGCUUCACAAGAAAAACCUUCUGUCCCUUGGUGAGGAUCGGUACUUGACCACAUUGAUGACGAAGCAUUUCCCCUCCAUGUCCUACAAGUUCGUACCCGACGCCUACGCAAGCACGGCUGCUCCGGAAACGUGGAGUGUGCUUCUGUCCCAGAGACGUCGCUGGAUCAACUCCACUGUUCACAAUCUCGUGGAAUUGGCUUACCUGAAAGACCUAUGUGGCUUCUGCUGCUUUAGCAUGCGAUUUGUCGUCAUGGUGGAUCUGCUUGGAACCAUUAUUCUUCCUGCGACCUGUGUCUAUCUGGGAUAUCUGAUUUACCGGGUUGCCAGUCACACCGGACCGUUCCCGCUUAUUUCUGUCAUCAUCCUGGCGGGUGUGUAUGGUCUUCAGGCCAUUAUUUUCAUUCUCAAGCGUCAAUGGCAGCACGUGGGAUGGAUGUUUAUCUACAUCCUCGCAUACCCUAUCUAUAGUUUCGUCCUGCCUUUGUAUUCGUUCUGGUUUCAGGAUGACUUCACCUGGGGUAACACACGUGUCGUCAUCGGAGAGAAGGGCGACAAGCGUGUUGUUGCCGUUGAAGAUGAGGGUUUCGAUCCUCGAAGCAUCCCACUCCAACGCUGGGACGACUACGCUCUGGCGAACAGCCUCCCUGGCCGUCGCGGUGACUACGGUGUUACUCAGGAGAAGUCAUACCCCGGCAUAUACAUGGAUGAUAACGCAAUGGAAAUGGACGACAUGCACUCCACCUAUUCCUCCGUGAAGCCAGCAUCUACGAUCCUCACUGGGUUCCCGGGUCAAAACCGCAACGUCAACCCAUACAUGCCACCGCAAUCUCCGGCGCCAUUUGGCGGAAACAUGCCUGGUAACCGCAACUCCCAUAUGUCGAACUUCUCCAGAUACACCGACCAGCAGCAUCUGGGAGGUCCUCCAUCACGGCCCAUGUCGAUGAGCAACUUCAGCCAUUACCAGGAUAACCCUAUGCGCAUGAGCCGACAGAGCAUGGGAAUGGCACCUAGUACGGAGCAUCUGUUGAAUUCUCGACCCGCUACCCAGAGCCCGCUUAUGGCAGGAUAUCACUCGAGGUCUGCUAGUGCUUUUGAUCUCCACGGUGGCGCUGGACCGGACGAGGCUUCUAUCACUGGAGCUAUUCGUAACUGUCUGAUGGAGGCUGAUUUGGAUACUGUUACGAAGAAGCAGAUUCGCGCUCUUGUCGAAACUCGCCUGCAGACAACGCUGACUGGAGACAAGAGAGUCUUCCUUGAUCGACAGAUCGAUCAAGAACUGGCUAACAUGUAG